AUGGAGUGGGACCAGAAAAAGAACAUUUGCGACAGAGUCAACGAGCUUAAGGUCCUCAAUGAUACGUUGAAAAAGGAAAACUUCGCAAAGGAGAGACAAGUGCCCACAAAAGAUGCGGUGGUUAUGACCGAAGAAAGCGCGCCGGUGACAGCGUGCGGUGAGGUAGUGCCGGCACAGGAGCGCGCGGAGACGAACGGCCACCACCAGCUCGACGUGAAGCAGAAGGCAAGUAAUAGGCUAACCUACUCAUUUAUAGUC